AUGUCAGAAGAUUUACUGGCAGCUGUGGAAAGGAGUAUUGGUUGCGAUUUUUUCACAACUGAAAAUCUUCACACCACACCAAAUACCAAACUCUUCUUGUGUAAAUCAAGUGACGGAGAAUCGUAUUUCGUUGUAAAAUCCAACACCCGAUUAGUUUCCUUCCCAGAAGGUGAUUUAAUUUUGAAAGUGGACGAAUGUUUACACAAUGAACAAGAGAAUGAAUAUUAUUAUUAUAGCAAACUGAAGAAUUCAUUCAAAACUUAUGUGAAUUUCAUAGAACAAAUUCAGGGAGAAUCAUUUUCAUCAACCGAAUGGAAAUUUGCCAAAUUAUUGAAUGAGAAGGAUGUCAUGACAUUGUGUUGGCAGUUGAUUUAUUUAUUUUCAAAGAAUUCAGGACUUGUGGGUAGGGAAACGAUGAUUAUUGAAAGGAUGGAUGAUGGAGUGGUGAAUUUGAGAGUGUUUCCUGUAUCUAUUGGAAAUGAUUCGAAAGUUGCCGAAAGAUUGAUCAUGUUAUUAUUGGAGCUGGUGGCAAUUUAUUUGGAUUUACCAAAUAUUCCUCAACACUUUGAUGAGGUAAGACAAGUAAUGGAUACAAUAGAAAAUCUACCUCUUGGAUCGAAUGAAUUGCUUAUUCACUCAAUUGUACCAACUUUGAAGAGUUUGAUUAAUGUGGAAAAACCAGAUUUAUACGAAAUUCUUACUUUAUUCCUCUUUCAAAUGGUCAAUUUGGAUUCUCAUCAGUAUUGGUCCUUGUUGAGUUCACUUAGUUCCAAUAUUCACAAUAGAACUGUUGUUGAUAUUUGGAUUGAAAGUCAAAAACUAUUUGAACAGAAACAAUACGAAAAAGCGCUCGCAGCCAUUUUGGAUAUUAAGAAGGAAUAUUCAGACUCGCACCCAAUAGUUUCAUUCUUGACUGGAGAAAUUUAUUACGAAUUGUACAGACAAUCCUUCUACAAGUUGCACUAUCCAGGUGAGGCAACAUUAUUAGCAUGUGCUUUGCAUUAUUUCACUCAAGCAGCAAAUAUAUCGAGAAAUAACAUUCAUUAUUUGGAGAGAAAACUGGAAUGUCAUUUUAGAAAGUGGAUUCUUGAUAAUGAACUCAAUUUGGAUAAGAGUAAUAAGGAAAUGAAUGAAUUGAUUGCAGAGAUAGAUCAUUUAAUUGAAAAUAAUCCAAAAUCCAGCUCUCUUUACUCUAUGAAGAGCUCAUUAUUCUUUGUUCAUGCCAUUAGAUUUGGAGCUCUUGCUGAAGACAGUCACAUGACUACAAGUUUAACCUUGGCAGAGGUGGCAAUGAAUAAUUCUCCCUCAACUCCUCGCUAUCAAUUAUUAUUCGAAUGGAUUAGUUUCUUUUUCUCCAAGGAAGGAAAAACCAAAACCUUCUCACUUGAAACAGAUGAUGCCAAAUUCAUUCUCUUCCAAACAAUUAUUACAUGCUUUAGAGAACAAGACAGUGAUGAGCUUGUUUCCAAAUUAUUAACUCAUACAGAUUAUCGUCAAACAGUGAUUGACACAUUGUGGGAUUUUCCACUCCUUACUGAACUGUAUACUUUACACGUGACAGGUCAAGUAAUCCAAGGAAAGGCCAAUGAAAAGUACAUCUCUAUCAUUACAAAAUUGAAUCCAGCACAAUCCUACCUUAAAGAUGACGAAACAAAAACCUGUAUGAAAUGCAACACCAAAUUCACACUCAUCAAUCGAAGACAUCAUUGCAGAUUUUGUGGAAAGAUUUUCUGCAAUUUGUGCAGCUCUAAAAAGGUCAAGAGGAAGGAAAAAGAGGAAAAGAGAAGUUGUGACGAUUGUUUCAAUUUCCUUUCCAUUGAAUUUGCACCACUGAAUAGUACCAAUACAUCACCAUUGAUUAGUAAGGAUAAGAAUUUACUCAUUGUUGAUUGUGAUCAAUUCUUUGAGGAUCAAGUCAGGUCAGUUCAUCAGCAGCACCAACAGAAUCGAUUUUCUUCGGAGGGAUCUUCGACUGUUAAGGCCAUACAACAGUGUUUGGCAUCAGCAUCACCACAUCCUCAUCAGCAUUGUAUUAAUCAACAAAAACAAGCUGAUCCUCAUCAUUCGCAACAAGUGCAGCAGACAAAUCAUCAGCAAGGAAAUUCAAGCUCUACUUCCCCUUUAAAGAAGAGUAAGGAAUGCCAUGGGUUACUUCCGAAAAUUGGAGGAUCUUCACCGGAGAGAAAAAGAAUUAAGAAGAAUGACUCUUCGGAUCAGCAAUUAGUUUCUACUGCUCUUUCAAAGAGAUCCCAUUCGACUUCUCAUCGAUUUUUGGAUGUAAUGGUUACGAAUCAACCAAUUUCUCCCAACCACAGACGAUCAAGAUCAAAUUUUAAUUCUCAAAGGAAUUUGAAUUCCUCACUUCCAACCCCAAGUAGCUCAACAUCUAGGAAAACAACAAAACAAGUUAAACAGAGGCCAACACUGCUCAAUACUCAUCAGGUAUCUCCGACUCAUACUUCAAUGCUGGAAGAGGAGGACGAUGAUUGUUAUCAAUUAGCUUCACCAAGAAAAUCUAAGGAGAAUUUAAUCAAGUUAUUGUUCAAAGAGACGAAUCAAGAUUUAACAGUUCAUAAGGAAUUGAUUGUAAACCCUUUUCAAAAUCAUCCAUAUACCGAUCUUCCAGAGGUUCCUAGGCCUAAAUAUCCAAAUUUAUCUGACAAGAACCAAAGCAUGUUCACCAAAUUAUUGAAAAUCCAGAAUUUUAUAUCAGCUUUCGAGUAUAACUAUAUAGAGCAACACUUUUUUGAUAUCACAAGAUUGAGACCCUUGAAGAGUAUCAUUCAGACGGCAAAGGAAGUUGUCAGUGAUUGCCUUCCAAUUAGAUGCGUUGAGGGUACUUUUCUCUCCCUUUUUUGUACACAAGAUUUUGAAGAUGUUGACAGGUUUAGUGUCUUUUUUCAAACAACAAUGACCCAGAGAGUUUACAGACAUAUAGUUUGUGUUGUUCGAUUUAAGGGAAGAUUUGGAGCUUUGGGUCUUUCGAGGAAAUCUGACUUGUUUUACAAACCAUUGAUGUAUUUCAAAAUCUCUGAAAUACUACGAGAAUAUGUCUUGUCCUAUUCAAAGUAUGGGCACUCUGUUCAACUGAUCUAUGUUUCACUACCAAUAUCUCACGAUUCCUCUUCUAAGGAUAUACCAGUUUGGAACUUUUUAAAAUUGGAUUUUGAAAAGCAUGAAAUUGAUACACUAAUGGAUAAAGCAGAUAAAUAUAUGGGUGAAGUAACUUAUAGCAAUGGAGAAAAACUUUUGGAAAGGAAAAGGAGAAAGCUCAAGCCCAUUCCAACACUUUCAGACGAUGAGCAAGAAACAGACUUGUAA